AGUCAGAAAAUGAGUCAUUGAUAUUUUUGAUUGCAUAUGAGUUUCGUGUCCUAAUAUUUCACUAUAAAAUAAAGCUUUUUUUUGAUUUUCUAAUAGUUGUGCUUUAACAAACUAAACAUGAGUUUGCAGUGGACGAUUAUUGCUACUUUCCUAUACGUUGAAAUAGCGGUUGUGCUUCUUCUAUCUUUGCCUAUCGCAAGUCCUUCAAGAUGGCAAAAGUUAUUCAAAUCGAAGUUUCUGGCGUUUAUUUAUGGACAAGCCUCGAUUUACUUUUUGGUACUGAUCGGUGUGUUGGUGCUUUGUCUUUUAGAUGCUAUACGGGAGAUGCAGAAGUAUUCUAACAUCGAAUCAACUGAGCACCAACAUCUUGACGCAGAAAUGCAAGGUAGCAUGAGGCUUUUCCGUGCUCAAAGAAACUUUUACAUCUCAGGAUUCGCUCUUUUCCUUCUCAUCGUCAUUCGGAGACUAGUUCAGAUGAUUUCUGAACUAGCGUCUUUGUAUGCACAGUCCGAGGCGAACUUACGACAAGCUAAAAGUGCAAGCGCCACCGCCAGAACUCUUCUUUCGCAGCAAGGAGAAGGAGAUGAGAAAAACAAGAAAGAAGUAGAAGAUAUCAGAAGUCAAAUUACACUUCUAGAAAAGGAACUAUCAAAGGAAAAAAAAGAUAAAGAAGCAAUGAAAUCACAAGCCGAAACAUUGAAUAAAGAAUAUGAUAGGUUAUCUGAGGAGUAUAGUAAAUUACAAAAGAAGCUAACAGUAGCAGGUGGAGAUAAGAAAGAUGAAUAAGUGUACAUUUUCUAUCUUUAUAUCAUUAUCAUGAAAACAAAUUGUAAAUGUAUGAUGUAAUCUUGUGAUUCAUAGCCUUGAACAAGCCUUUAGUAUGGAAUUACUGAAAAAAAAAUAUUUAACUACCUUUAUU